AUGUCGGCUCCACUCAGACACCCAAACACUGUGGUUCUUCAACCACCAACCGUUACCGUCUCUCCACUUAUUCGUUUCGGACGUUACGCGGCUCUCUCACUUGGUGUUGUAUAUGGUUAGUUUUUUUAAUAAUGAAAAUAUCGUAAUAUAGUUUUUAAAAUUAUUAUUACGUGUGCUUCAAUAUUUUGAAUUCGACAGUUUUAAUCAGAAAUAUCUAUUUUCAAGCAAAAUUAUUUUGUCACAGAAUGAUAAAUCUUUUUUUUUGAUUUUUGAGUAAAACGUGAUCUAUCAUUCAAAAAUUAAUUUUACAAAUUUUCCUCUUCAAUUGUUUUUAGACGUAUCAGAAGAAAUCAGAAGAUCUUUGAUCUAAAAAAUUUACGUGUGAUGUAAUUUUUGAAAUUUUCUGAAAAAAUUUAAUCACAUAUUCCCAGGUUUCUUCCGUCUCCGUCAAAUCCGUGAAUAUCAUGCUGAUAUUAGAGAGUGGGAACACGAGAAGGCUGUUGCUGCUGCUCAAGAAGCCGCCAAACAAAAGAAAUGGCUCGCCAAGGACGAAAUGAGAUACCUUAUGCAAGUAAGUUCAUUUUUAAUUUUCACUAAAUUAUAUUUUUCAUUCGUAAUUUGAAUUUUUCACUAAUUAUUUGAAUUCAGGUUGUCAACCUUCCAUUCGACGAAGGAGUCAAGCAAUUCGGAGUCGCCGAUCUCUACAAGGAAGACUAA